AACAACCGCAUGUACGUAAACACUUGACGUUAACGAGUGUUGCCUGUUUCUAAACCAGUAAGUGUUCAGCGCUGAUAGUUUCAAGUUGAAUCUGGACAGUAUGUGUUAUUGUUUAAUUCGUUUUAAACUUUACUUUUAACAAUGAUAACAUCAGAAGCACUGGAAGUGCUUUUAUUAAAGGAAAUAAUAAGGAAUACACAUUGUUAAAGCAGUUUUUCGAAUGCUUUUAAAAUGUUCUCAUUUAUAAAGCGGUCAUGACAGCAUAUGGAAAAAUGUUGAACUUCGUUAUUUAAAGUAUUUGUGUGAAGUUGUGCCAGAUAAACACAUAACCAAAUGUUGAAAUACAGUGAUAUGUUUUGUCACGUGACGUUAAAACUCAAGGAUUACAUGCAAAUCGUUAGCUCAAUGGUUUACUGUAGUUGUUUUUUUUUAAACUAAGCUCUAGAACACACUCCAAGGAUGAACGCAAGCAAACUGAAUGCAUCUGGCGGUUAUUCCGGACCGGCACGCGGAGGGAGUUCGUACGGCCCCAAAAUAGAGUGCGGCGUCUGUAACACCAGCUGCGUGUACAGCGCAAUCGAGUGCGGCUUUCUUGUGGGGAUCAUUGCCAAUAUCAUCGUCAUCGUCAGCGUAUGUCGGGACAAAAAGCUAAGGGACUCCACAUUCGUCGCCGUCGCCUGCCUUGCGUUUGCGGACGCACUCUUCAUGGCGGCAACCAUCUCUAGGUCAGUUGACUAUCUUGUAAUGACUGCGGAAUGUUCAACGAUAUCCAACGUUCUGAACAAACCUUACUACAUAAUAUUCUCAGUCGCAUGGUUCGCCGCUAAUUCCCACGUGGCGCUGCUUUCCAUAUUGCGAUACGUGACGAUCACAUACCCUCUGAGAUCGCACAUAAUUCUUACAAAAAGGCGUGUGAUCUACAUGUCAGUGGGUGUGUGGAUUUGCGGAGUGGUUGUCAUCGGGACUUUGACUAUUCUCAUCAGCUACUCAGUUUUACUCCCGGGAAAAUCCAACGAAUUUGUCUUGAUUUUAUGGUUCAUUGUGUACCUGAUACCGCUGGUAGUCACUGCUGUCCUUCAUCUCUUGAAGAUAUUUAUUUUGAGGAAAACAACUCAAGAAACCGCCACAGAUGCCACCCGGAAGUCGAUUGCGCGCAUGUCCAAAAUUGUCCUGAUAGUGAUUCUGUUUGCGACCAUCUUGCCGCUUCCAAGAAUGAUCAACAAGUUCGUGCGCGCGUCUGGAGGCGGCGACAAGGCCUACUCGUCUAAGGAUUUAGGCGAACACUUUACGGGCAUCUCGGAACUGCUAUUCAUCCUGAAUAACUGCAUUAACCCGUUUGUGUACGGUUUCAUGUCCAAGCGCUUCAGAAAGAGCAUCCUGAACCUCUUCCGGUGUCGCCUGAAGUCCUCCGAGAAGAAGUCGCAGGUUACCAUGGACACGCCACUGUCGAUAAGAAAGCGCAAUAUCAGCAUGGACAGCAUCGAUCCCAAGCUUGCCAGCAAAGACAGUCUAGAUAACUUGGACAGGCGGUGAAUGUGAUGACACAGUUAUUGCAGCAACAACAUUCUAGGUAAAAUUGACAGGCGGGGAAAUGACAUGAAAACUGUCCUACCCGCUAUGAUUGACCUAAAAAGGUCGACUUAUAUGCAUAAUAUUGUUCUCCAUAUAUACUAUAUAUACUAUUGUUGUUUGUUCACAUUAAUUCCGUCUGUGCAUACUAUCGUUAUUGAAAUUCAUAAUCAUUGCUUAUUACUAGCAAAAAGUACAUACUAGUUGAUAAUUUACUCAUUUAAUGCAUGCUUUAACUCUUCAACGUUUAUUAUCUUGCUAAUUAUAUACUCCGAUACUUUGUUUUACGUUUUAAUAUAAUGGAACAAGACAAUUUAUAUGAUUAUUUUAUCAAAAUAAACCCGAAUCUAAUAACUUAGCUAUGAACAAGAGAUUACUUUGAAAUUAGGCGUUUGACUUUAUAUCUAGGUAGAUAAGAAUACGUUAUAUAUGCUUCAUUUAGAGAAACAUCAUGUUAAUAUUAUUCAAUUAAUGCAUGAACGAUAGCUCAUCUUGUUAGCUUACUGUUACUGUAUAUAUGUUGUAAUUAAUCGAAGAUAUGUGCCAAAUUCUAGAAAUAAAGUUCGGUUCUUGUGCUUUCA